AUGAAUCAUAUUAUUUCCGUCUUGAAAAUUCCUCAAGAUCGUGAUAGUGGGUUUAUUGCUCUCGGAGAGAUGGCUUUAGCACUGGAUGGGGAACUUAGCCAUUAUUUGUCGACCAUAUGUACUCAUUUACGCGAGGCAAUUGCUCCCCGUAGGAAUAAACCUUCACUUGAGGCCUUGGCAUGUGUGGGAAAUAUAGUAAAAGCAAUGGGCCCUACUAGUACCAAUAAGUCUGAGGUAUGA